AUGCCACUGCCAAUAGCUGCCGACGACGAGACGAUCAUAACAUCUGAGACAAAUAUACUUGAUAUCAUUCCGACUGUCACGGCUUUACAACCAAGCGAUGUCUCAAUCGAAUUGUUCUGCAUCAAGCUGCGACGUCUAAGCUCAAGGGUGCACACGGCCUUUUACACCAGUCGCAAAUCACACUCAAGCAGUACUGCAGUCGGCACUCGGACACCAGCACUCCGAUCAAUCGGAAAUGUCUACUCGUCGCUCUCUCAAUUCGAUAGCAAGCUUCAUGCGAUACGGGCGUCAGCACCUGUCUUCUCAGAACCCAGAUGUCUGUACGAGCGAUAUGAGUGGCACGACUUUAUGUAUGAGAAAGACCGCCUUCUGCUUGCCCGUGGCGCCAUGCACAACCUUCCGGCACAACAGUUCUCUGGCGCGUCCAUACUGAAGGAGAUACUGAGAGCGUGCUACAUGUCAGCAACGCGUACGAUAGAGUUGUAUGCGAAUCUACGAAGCAAAGACGCUAUCACUUGGACGAGCAGCUACUUUCAGAUCAUCUUCACAGCCGGUCUUACUGUAAUCUAUCGUGUUAUCUUGGAUGUCUUGACCGACAACCAUGGGCUCUCUGCGACUCAUACGGACCCUCUGCGAACACUUCAUAUCUGCGGCUCACUAUUAGAUUUCUUCAAAGUCAAGAUGCCAGACGCAGGGUCUUUUGCGACUGUGUUUAAUGUUAUGAAGGAAGAGUUUGUGAAAGACCGUUUCGCGCAUUUACUACCCUCGUCAGCCAACGUCGCAGCGGCCCCUACUUCACAACACCGCCAGCAGCUCUCAGGCCAUCUCUCAAAUCCGGAAGUUUUUCCGGGUCAUUCAGUCAAUGAGAAUCCGCUACAUUCGGGCAUAGGUACUGUCGAUGGACAUUAUCUACUAUCCGUUGACAAACAACAGCAACAAACAACAGCAGUUGCCAUCUCACUUCGAGACCUUCCCGACAUCACAACUGCUCAAUUUCCGCAAGAACUUACUAUUGGUCUUACACACGAUCUUAUGAACCAACUUGAAUCAGGGCUGGGUGAAUACGCAUGGGGUUCGCUAAAUCCCCAGAUGAAUUGCUGGAAUCUUCUCGGUUACGAAUAA